CUGGGUCCGGAUUGCGAGCCGCUAGGAGCUCGAUUGUUUCAAGCGAAAAAGUGAGGGGCGCCCUCUUUGAUGACGGACACGGCAUGCGUAAGCGCAAGGAUAGCCCGCCAGUCGUGAUGGUAAAUAAAGCCGUCGUACAGCACACGGGACAAGGUUCCGACGGCAACAGGGCAAGCAGAAGACAACGAGAGCACAAAAAAGGAGUGGCAGGGAAAGCAGAAGCCGUUGCACCAUCUGUCAACCCUCAGGACAUGAAUUUGUUGGCGCGCUUGUGUGCAUCGGCUGUCAAGACCUUCGGCUCGCGGGUACCCGCUCGUAGUCUGGGAGGACCCUUGCCUUUUGAUCGCCAUCGGGAGGGAGCGCAUGCCUGCGGGUCUUCUAACGGCUAUCCAUGUGUUGCAAAGCUGGUGCAAACAGUGCUAGCAUUUCGUGAGACUAUCCGGCGGGCUGGUUGCUUUGCCCUUUAUAAGACCCAGCGCGAGCCAUCGCCAGUCGAAAGAUGUUCAUCGUGUGUACACCCUCUCCAACAUCUUUUGUCCUUGUCAACUGCGGCAGAAAGUGGUAUUUUAGCCAGGUCGUCAUACUCCUCUCCAGAGCUCGGCCGGUCUCCGCGAUUGUCGCAGACUGUAACAAAACAUCCUUGCCCACACCACCUUCGUCUCCCGCGGAACACUUCGUCUCUAGCCAACCGACAACAACCAUGUGCACCAAAAUUGUCCACGUCUUCAAAUGCGGUCAUCAGCAAGUCGACCUGGCCCCAUGCGCCGCGUCAAGGGUCGCAAAGUGCCCCAAUUCACAAGACAAAAAGAUCAACCACGACCAACGCUGCUCAAAUUGCCGAAGAUGAC